UGGACAAACCCUGUGAUUUAACUCCUUUGUAGGAGGCGGGAGGUAUCCUUGCUGGUUCUUGUUGUUAUAAUAUGCAGGGUCCCAGCGCUAUGAGCUACUGCAACUGCUUGUACACAGAGUUUCUCUUCUUAUUCUUUGUUUCUUUUCCUACGGCGCGGUAAAGAUUGGCCUACAUCAUGGCGCGCGUACCGGUUAUCGGGAGGCUGUUUUGGUUCGAGUACCUGGCGCUCUUUGGGUCGCUCAUCCUGGUGUUGCUGGAAUGGGUGAUUCAUAUUAUCACCUUUUGUCUGCCCGAACCUGUCAUUCGGUUCUGUUACGAUCGUUCAAAAACCAUCUUCAACCUCCUCAUUCCGCCUGGCGAAGACCUUGACAAGCGUGAGAAUGAAGAAAAGGUGGCUGUGGCCGUGGCGCAGGCGUCCGACUUCACGGACAUUUGCGCUUUGUUCGGGUACCAGGCGGAGGAGCAUAUUGUUCAGACUGGUGACGGAUACCUGCUCGGCUUACAUCGACUCUCCUGUCGCAAGGGCGAGGAAGGCAAGCGCAUCAACCAGGGCGAAGGGAGUAUCAAGAAGAAAGUGGUGUACCUUCACCAUGGGUUGAUGAUGUGCAGUGAGGUUUGGGUCUGCCUGUCCGAGGAGGAGCGAUGCCUGCCCUUCCAGCUGGUCGAGCGCGGCUAUGAUGUGUGGCUGGGGAACAAUCGCGGCAACAAGUACUCCAAAAAGUCCGUCAAGCAUUCCCCUUUGACCAACGAGUUCUGGGACUUCUCCAUCGACCAGUUCUCCUUUCACGAUAUCCCCGAUAGCAUUCGUUACAUUCUCGAAGUGACCGAGCAGCCCUCGCUGUCAUAUGUCGGAUUCUCGCAAGGCACGGCGCAGGCUUUCGCGACCCUCUCCAUCCAUCCCCUCUUGAACCAGAAGAUCGAUGUUUUUGUGGCCCUCGCGCCCGCCACGGCGCCCACGGGUCUGCCGAACCAUCUUGUAGACUCUUUGAUGAAGGCCUCGCCUAACUUCCUGUUCCUCCUGUUUGGCCGACGCAGCAUCUUGAGCUCUACCACAAUGUGGCAGACCAUUCUCUACCCUCCUAUCUUCGUCUGGAUCAUUGACACGUCGCUUCGAGGCCUCUUCAACUGGCGAUGCAAAAACAUCAGUCGCUGGCAGAAGCUGGCGGGGUACUUGCACCUAUUUUCUUUUACGAGUACCAAGUCGGUCGUCCACUGGUUCCAGAUUAUCCGGCACCGAAACUUCCAGUUCUAUGAUGACGAAAUCCAUGCUCCGCUCAGCAUCGUGGCGAGCGAGCGCUUUUACAAGCCGGUCAAGUACCCGACCAAGAACAUCCAAACACCUAUCGUCCUGCUCUACGGCGGAAGUGACAGUCUGGUCGACAUCAAUGUCAUGCUAUCCGAGCUACCCAGUGGAACUGUGGCUAAGGGGUUCCCCGAAUACGAGCACCUGGAUUUCCUGUGGGCCCAUGAUGUGAACCAGCGGGUGUUCAGUCAUGUGUUUGAUGCGCUGGAGAAGUAUGGCCGCAAGGGCAAGGGGUCGGAUCACGUUAAUGGUGUCAAAGAGGUGGCAGGAUCCGAUUAGGUUUGUGCUCUCUCUAGUUUCGUAUGGCUCGAUCAGGCCGGGGUCACAUGUAGAGGAGGAUUGAAUGUACCGCCAUGUACAUCUCACCUAGAUCGGAGGGUUGACAGCUCGAUGGGUACAUCCUUCACUUUUUAGAUUGCUCUACUACCUGUGGAAGCCUUUCUGUCAGAAGCCGGGUUACCUGAAAAUGAAGGCUAGCUAGCUAGCACAUAGCCUCAUUGCAGCGGCUCGAACCCAAUUGGCUGCUAGAUGCAUUGAAUAUACAUGUAUAGAUGCAUGGUACUUUAUCAUACUGCUUGGAGGGAAGAGGGGGGGUCUGUUUCUUCUUUGUGUAUUGUAAACAUCAG